UAAGGAUGCCUUCAGUGAUGUACCUGUUCCUCCUCUUCCUCGUCUCCCCAAUCGGAAGCUUCCCCACUCAGUCGCCCGAGCCAUGCCCGUCUGGCCGUGGAGAAUGCAGGAGGAUGAAGGAGUGUCCCGCAGAAGUGGCAAUGUUUAAUGAAAAUCCUUCCAUCUUGCCGUCGCUACUGUGCUCCAUGGAUCCCUCCGGUUAUCCUAUGAUCUGCUGCAACAAAACACCACCACUCCCAGAAGUCACACGUGAAAAUACUGCAAUGCGCAUCAGCAAAGCUAAAUGCCAUGAGUACCAGCUGAUGCUGGCCGAGACGAAAAGCUCAGACUGCGAAUACCUCCAGCAGCCAUUGAUCACCGGGGGAACAGCAGCUGAACCUUUUGAGUUCCCCCACAUGGUUUGGGAAAUCGUUUUCCUCCGUACCCAUGAGCAUGGUCCCAAGCUUUAUUUGGCAGUGGCUGCAAAGCCUGUUGGCUGCUCGAAGUCGACGGCGCAUCACUGGGCCGAUACGUUCGGCAAGACCGACGGCACGAAUUGGGAAAGGGAAGAAAACAGAAUACCGAAGGGGAAGGAGGAAGAGCCGAUGGUGCAAGAAUACAUCGCCUCCUCUCAAAUCCUGAUUUUAAAAAACCGCGCCCUCUCCUCUGGUUUCAGCAAAACCUUGGUGGUGAGACUCGGUGAACACGACUUGGAAGAUGAGGCGGACACGAUCCCAGAUGAUUACGCCGUUGAUGAGAUAGCUUACCACGAUAUUGCUCUAUUGAGACUGGAUAACGAUGUGCCUAUUCGGUCCAUCAUAUACCCAGCGUGUCUGCCGACUGACAAGGACAUUCCGCCACCAGGAACCCCAUUAGUUGUGGCCGGAUGGGGAAGAUUGUUUUUUGAUAAGAACAGAGCAACAGUUCUGCAGAAAGUAACAGUUCCAUUGAACGAUACGCUCGAGUGUGAUCGCAUGAAUAAGUUUAUCAUCGUGAGAAAGAACUAUCCGAACGGAAUGAAGGGGCAAGUCCUCUGCGCAGGGAUUGAAGGGAAAGACUCGUGCCAGGGAGACUCGGGCGGGCCGCUGAUGCUCCCUCGGAAUGCAAGUAGCUGCGUGAACUACGUGUUGGGGACGGUGUCUACAGGCGCUGGGUGCGGAGCUCAGGGUUUUCCGGGCUUCUACACUAAUGUUCCCUUCUAUUUGGACUGGAUUGAGGAGACCGUCUGGAAGAAUGACCCAUGAGUGCUGGAGAUCUGUGCUCUGGACAGAAAGCCGCAGUUGCAACGGCUUUCAUGAAAAAGAAUGAGCCUAUUUGACUUCAAGCCUCAGAAAACAUUGUUCUUCCAAAGCUACCAUUCAAAAGGAAAAAAAAUGAAUAAUAAGUAACGGAAUGUAAAUAAAACACUUUCCACAAUAAUUGUUAUGGUCAGAUCCAUAUUUAAAAAUAUUAAUGUCAGGC